UAGAGAAACUUCCCUUCCCCUUCUGCCUUUCUCAGAAAACCAAACAUGGCAUCUUCCAUGAGGAGCUUGUUUUCUGAUCAUGGCAGAUACGUUGAAGCUUUUCGCCUGUUUCUAGCUAAUUCCACGGAGCACCAGUGCAUGCAGAAUUUCAUUGAGGAGAAGCUGCCAGGCAUUAUAGCAAGGAUUGGAGACACAAAAUCAGGAAUUAACAUUCUAAGCAUAGGUGGUGGAGCAGGGGAAAUUGACCUUCAAAUUAUCUCUCAAGUUCAAGCUCACUAUCCAGGAAGUCACAUCAACAAUGAAGUAGUUGAACCAAGUGCUGAACAGAUUGCGAAAUACAAAGAGCGUGUAGCCACAGCAUCAAACCUCAAGAACAUAAAGUUUGUUUGGCAUCAGGAGACAUCAUCUGAAUAUCAAAAUAGAAUAACAGAGAAAAAAGAGCUUCAGAAAUGGAACUUUAUUCACAUGAUUCAGAUGCUGUAUUAUGUAAAAGAUAUCCCAGCUACUCUGAAAUUUUUCCACAGUCUCCUGGAUACCAAGGGCAAGAUUCUUAUUAUUCUUGUGUCAGGAUCCAGUGGUUGGGAGAAACUGUGGAAAAAGUAUGGAUCCCGCCUACCCCAAAAUGAUCUCUGCCUCUAUGCAACAUCUUCCGACAUCACUCAAAUCCUGGAAUCUUUGGAAAUUAAAUAUGAAUGCAUUGACCUUUUGUCUACAAUGGAUAUAUCAGAUUGCUUUGUUGAAGGCAAUGAAAAUGGGGAGUUACUUCUGGACUUUUUAACAGAAACCUGUCACUUUAGCAAAACUGCUCCAUCUGAUCUCAAAGCUGAGAUUAUCAAAGACCUUCAAAGGCCGGGAUUCAGUAUAAAAGAAAGGGGAAAGAUUCUCUUUCAUAAUCACUUGAGUUUCAUAGUGGUUGAGGCAUAAAUCUGUUGUUCAUCCAUCCAUCAAUAAACAAACAUUUAUUAAGCACCUACUGUGUGCUGGGUACUGCUCCCGGUAGGGAGGUGAGAGGGAAUUCAAAAGCCAAAAAAGAAUAUCCUUGCCCUGAGGGAGUGUUUAUUCUGUAGAAGAUAACAUGCACAUAAGUAUAUGCAAAAUAAGUUAAUUCAUCUGAAAUUUACAAUGUACAUAGAAUUGCCAGUAAUUUACUUUUGCAUUAUAGUAUAACAUAUAACAUUCUUAAUGUGUCACAGCCUCCUAUAUAUUGAGGCUGAAUAUAAUCGAGACCUGUAACAAUCUGGAGGGUCCAUUACCUUCCGUCAUCCAUUUAUAUAUAAAAUGCCAUUUUAAAAUGUUAUCUGAUAUAGUAAGACCUUAUCAACCCCUCUCCAAAUAAAGCUCAUUUUGAAAGUUUCCAUGAAAGAUCCAGCUAAAUCCAGCUGCCUAAACUACAAUGCACUCUAGCAAUAUGCUAUAGCUGGUUUGUAUAGGCUCAGGAGAGCCAUUUAAAUUUUUGUUUAAAUUUUAAAUUGCCAAAAUUUCAGUAUAACUAUUUAUACUUUGGAUAUCAAUAAAUGCUAUCAAUCAGGAUUUGAUUUAAUUUUUGAUUAUUUUUAGACUUAAGAAAGUGAUGAAGAAAAUUUUAAUAAUGCAGAUUAAACUUAAAAGUGCCUUAAAAGUUCAUUUCUUUCUUUUUUCUCUUCUCUUCUCUUCUCUUUUCUUCCCUUUGUAGAACUGGUGGUUAGAUAUUUACCAACACAUCCCUGGCUACACUAACCUGAAAGAGCUAAUGAAUUUUUCUAAUCUCUUGUUCAUUCUAAUUGCUUUCUCUUCUCUAAAUAUCUGGUCAAGUAUUUCCCUAAGUGUGUUAUUUUACAUAAGAGUUAGUUUGUCCAAUCAUUUUACUCAAUGUGAACCAUAAACCAUUAAUCUUACAGAUUAAAAAGGCAACACAAAUACAUUUAACUGAUGGAUAUGAACAAUGAUGACUUUAAAUGACUUUACCUUGAAUUACAUCAUGAUAUGAUAUAAAUAAAGAUAUUAUGGAGGCAAGGUGGUACUUUAUUCUAAAAGCAAAAAUGAAAGCUAAAGUGUUUUUUAACAUUUAUCUUUACCAUUUCCCAGAAGAUAUUAGAUACUAAUACAGAGUGUCAUAUUAAAGAGGGCCAGUAUUAGAUUCUCGGAGACUUGGGUUCAAGUACUACCUCAGACACAUACUAACUUGGUUGUCCAGUGGAAAAAAAAUCUUAAUAUCUUAUUUCCCCAGCCCAAAUGCUAUCAACUCCUCUCCUCUCCCUUUUCCUUCUGUCAGUCUCUAUCUCAUUCUCUAUCUCUGUCUCUCAGCAUUAAUGGAAGGAAUUUUGGUACUUAGAAAGAAAUAUAUAAUUGAAAAAGUAGGAGUUAGACAGAGACUUUAUUAAUCUUCACAACCAAUAGCAAUUAGUUUUUCCCUAUGAUUAGGAAACAUUAGACAUGUAAGGAAUUUAUAGGCUAUUGGAGUGAAUUUGAUCCAGUCUAACCUCCUCCCUACCCCCAUUUAAUGCAAGAAAACCUUCUACAAUAUACUUGAUGAAUGUUCCUCUAGGCUGUACUUCAAGGGCCCUUAAUCCAGGGCCCAGAAAUUUUGUUUUAAAAACUCUUUUAAUUAUUAAAUUUAGGGGGCAGCUAGGCAGCAAAGUAGAUUCAGGAGGACCUGAGUUCAAAUUCAGCCUCAGACACUUGACACUAGCUGUGUGACCUUGGGCAAGUCAUUUAACCCUCAUUGCCCCACCAAAAAAAAAAAUUAAAUUUCAAUAUAAUAUUUCCUUUUCAAUCCAGUGUGUUUUGUUUUAUGCAUUUAAAAUCAUCAUUCUGAGAUGAGUUCCUUUGAUUUCAUCACACUGUCAGAGAAUAUCAUUACAUAAAUAAGUUUAAGAAACCCUGCUCUACUUCAACACUUCCACUGAUAGCUCACUCCUUUUAGAAGCACUCUCAUUUCAAACCUUAAUAGUUAUUGGAAAUUUUUUGUAACAUUGAACUGAAAUUUGCCUUUCUAUACUAUCUGGGUAUAGUUUGAUCAGCUAAGAAGUCAUUAUAUUAUCUCUAGGCCACAUUUCUCAAUCUUAUCUUCAAGGAUAGCAUGACCGUCUUUUCCAAAUGCCUUGCUAAAAAGCCACAUUUAUCAUGGCUUUAGUAUUUCCCUUAACUACAAGUCAAGCAAGUCUAUAAAAAAGGAAAUAGGUUUACUUCAGCAUGACUUGUUCUUAAUGAAUCUAUAUUGGUAUCUGUUGAUCCCUUAAAGUGUUCAAGACCAUCUAUGUGACAGACCAUUUUACCAUUUUUCCUAUAGAAAUCUACAUCAGGGGCAGCUAGGUGGUACAGUGGAUAGAGCACCGGCCCUGGAGUCAGGAGGACCUGAGUUCAAAUUUGACCUCAGACACUUAACAUAUACUAGCUAUGUGACCCUGGGCAAGUCACUUAACCCCAAUUGCCUCACCAAAAAAAUAAAUGAAUAAAUAGAAAUCUACAUCAAAUUUCAUGUUCUGUAGUUUCCAAAAUUCAUUGUCACUCCCUUUUUGAAAUUUGCUACCAAAUCACCAGUUAUUGACACACUUUUGAACUUGGAUGAUUUCUCAAAGAUUACUGGCAAUAGUUAUUCAAUCACAUCAAGCUCUGUCAGUAUCCUAGGGUAUAAUUUGUCUGGAUCUACAGACUUGUUCUAAUUCAAAAUAGCAAUAUUUUCUCUCAUCUUCUCUCCCAACUUUGGCUGCAUUUUUUUUGUAACUGUGUUUGUUAAAGCCUUCCCUGUUGUAAGAUCAUUCUCCUUGGUAAUUAAAAGGGAAAUCAAAUGGGGAUUGAGUAAUCAUGCCUUUUCUCUGUCAUAUGUUACUUUCUAUGGGAAAAAAAAAAAGAA